GUGCAGCAAUCAAUCCUCGAUGGAGCAAUUCGAAGAAGCCAGCACGAAAACCUAGUUUAUCCGUUGUCUUCCGAAAUGGAUUCAAUUUUAGAUGAAGUUCUCUGUGUUUGUCGGCUAUGUCUGUGCGAAGGUGAGGGUGUGUUGGUUCCGGUCAGUAAAAUACUCGAUCUUACCUUAACGGUGGACGAUAUCGAACGAUGCACCGGAGUAAAGAUAGCGAAGGAAAACAGCAUUCCGUAUUCUGUUUGUGAAGAUUGCCACAGCAAACUGACACUCUUUACCACCUUUCGUACCUUCUGCCUAUCCAAUGAUGCCCUAUUUCGAGAACUGUUUGCAGCGAUAUUUGCAAAUGUUCCAUCGGACGAAGAACAGUCGCUGCAGGAAAUGGACAGUAACGACAAGACACGGCCUGCAAUGGGUGACCACAUCGGGUAUAUUGCAACAUACGAGGGACCAACGUUCCAGAGCAAGAUAGCGAAGGUGGAAUAUCUCGAGCAGGACGACAGUUCAUCGGACUGCAGCAGCUUGAAGGGGCAAGAUAAUUCAGACGAAGAGGAUAAUUUAGCCAUCGUCGUGGAAGGCAAUGAAUCUUACGGGGAGCAUCCACAGGGUCGCAGCGUAUCCCCGGACAGAGAAGCUAGUGAACAGGAAAAUGAAGAAAAGGCUUCCGUUACGGACUGUGGACGCGGGGUGGACAGCGUCGGAAGUGCUUCUGACAUAGAGGACAACGAUGAGGAGAACGAGCGAACCCAAAAGAAUGCUCUCCAGGAUAAGAACUCCCGCCGGCAGCUGUGCCCGAUGUGCGGUAAGCUGGUGUACGACCUUCCGGUCCAUAUAGUAUCGCACACGAAGGAGCGCAAGCACGUCUGUCCCCAUUGUUCCAUGGCUUAUGGGCGCAAAACGUACCUGAAGAUGCACGUGGAAGCGGUGCACCUGAAAAAGGUGGUCAAAACGUGCGAAAUGUGCAAUCGCGGCUUUACGCAACGAACAGGCUACGAAGCACACAUGCGGGCACAGCACAACAUCGGCAAAUGGUACGAAUGCAAACUGUGCGAUAUGCAGUUCCGGCAUCCGGGUGGCUUGCGGGAGCAUAAUAAUCGCAAGCACAACGAAAAAUCCAACUGCUCGUGCCCGACCUGUGGCAUGGAGUUUCAAAGCAAAGUUGGGCUGAAAAAUCACAGCAGAGUGCACUCCGUGGUGCAGAUGUUUGCGUGCAAGCACUGCCCGAAACGGUUCAAAAGUCCCAACGCGCACAAGCAACACGAGCUUACCCAUUUGGGCGUUACCUUUCCCUGCCCGGUGUGUGCGAAAACGUACCGGUACAGUCAAAACCUUACGGUUCAUAUGCGAAAGCACAAAACCAAAGAUAGUUUAUAGCCGGUGGUGCAGGAUGAUGGGGAACCUUUUGAGCGAUAUAAACUCUAACGAAACUGAAGCUCUCCUUGGGAUACUGAAGGUACGAACCAUGAUGUGAACUACGUAGGGGUUGGGGAACCUCGUAACUCUUCUGCAUAUUCGUCAUGGAUAUUCGAGCGACAUCAGCUUCUUGUCUGUCUCUACCAUUGGAUGCGAUAAGCGUAUAUCAGCCCUGAGGCUGCAUAAGGAGUUCAGGUGUACCAGAGACUAGGUCCUCAGCUGCCAGUAGUCCGUAAACGAAUUACACAUCUACCCUUGUUGAGCGAUGAAAAUAGAAGAAAUGUGAUAUUUCUAAAUUUCACUAA